UUUUUCUGUUUUUAUCGAAAAAUGUCAGAGACUACAGAGAAAACCAGUGAACGGAUUAAUAUUGUUAUACCACAGCAAGGUUUUUUAUACAGUGAAAAUAAACCACACUACAUAUUGUGUAAACCAAAGUUAAUGCCAUUGAAGUCUGUCACAUUAGAAAAAUUAGAAAAAAUGCAAAAAGAUGCUGAAAUGAAGAUGAAAGAAAUGCAAAAGGAUGACUGAAUGACUAGCUAAGAUGAAUAAGGAUG